GGAGGGUGAGAGGCACCGUCCUGGGCCCUGCAGCGCCUGGGGGUGUUGGGGGAUGCGGAGUUGCUUCCCAGGCCUGGGCUUGUGCCGACGGUGAGCAGCAGCACCUUGUCUGGGUGAUGCAUCCACUGCUCUCAUUUCCGCAGUGCCCAGAUUGCUCCUGCAGAGUGUCAGCAGGCUGCAGACCUUGACGGUUUGGUUAGAUCUGUGGCACUAACAUUAGCUAAAGAGAUGACAGACAAAUGCAAGGAAAAGGCAGUGGAAAGUCUAGCAGGUCACAGAUGAAUGAAUCCAUGAUGUGCUGCUAUUCCUUGGGCUGUGUUGAACAUGGUCAUAUAGAGAGUUGGUUUGUUACUUAAAAGCAUGGUUAGGAUGGAAUUAUCUAAAUUCAAGCAUUUCUCAUUCCUGUGCUCCUAUGCAGAGAAAUCAGCCAAACUUUUUCCAUGAAGUGAAGGUUUGAAGAUUCAGGUCCUUCAUACUGAGUCUGUGCGCAGUUCCAGAAAGACAAGCAGCCUCAUUGCCUCCAGGGAAACGUUAGGCGCUUAUCAUCUAAAAAUGAGUCAAUUAUACAAUAUCAUUGAGCCAAAUGUGAUCAGCGAAGAAAUGGUUCAGAAAGCUGUGGAAGAGCAAAGUCAAGAUGAGGCAGGGCAGCUUGCCAAAAGGGAAGGUAUUAGUUUUAAAGACGUCACAGAGCUACAGUUCAGUUUUAGAAAUUUGUUUUGUUUUGUUUUUCCUGUGGCUUUAGAUAUUCUGCAGAUUGAUAAUCUGUGGCAGUUUGAGAAUCUGACUAAAUUGCAGCUGGACAACAACAUCAUUGAGAAGAUAGAAGCUCUAGAGAGUCUGGUUCACCUUCUAUGGCUUGAUUUGUCCUUCAAUAAUAUUGAAGUCAUUGAGGGCCUGGAUACCCUUGUUAAACUGCAGGACCUGAGCCUCUACAAUAACAGAAUAUCUAAAAUUGAGCACAUGGACACGUUACAAGACCUACAGAUUUUUUCAAUAGGAAAGAAUAACCUGGCCACUUUAGAAGACGUGAUCUAUCUCAGGAGGUUUAAAAACUUACGCACACUGAAUCUCAUGGGGAACCCUCUCUGUGACAAUGAGCAGUAUGCACCGUUUACAGUCGCUCACCUUCCAGAGCUGGUAUACUUGGACUUCAAGCUUGUGAGUGACACUAUGCGAGAAGCUGCAGUUUUAAAGUACCAGUAUUCUACUGAACCACUGAAACAGGUGGAGGCCCAGGCUCUGGCUCAGCUGGAGGAAAAGCAGGCAAAGCAGAAUGAACUGGAGUACCACAAGACAGCCUUUGUCGAGUACCUGAAUGGAUCCUUCCUCUUUGAGAGUAUGUAUGAAGAGGAUGCGGAAGCUGCCAAACUGGCUUACCUCCCUGGAGUGGGUGACCUGCUGCAGGCGUACAGGAAGGAGUUUGUCUCAGUUUGUGAAAAUCUGUUUAACUAUGGUCUGAAACAGUAUGAAAAACGAGAAGCUGAAGUCUCCGAUUUCUAUGAGAGCCUUGAUGAAGCAUUAACAGCCAACCAAGAGCAAGGCAGAAAAAUAAUCCUGGAGUUUGAAAAUCGGAACAGAACGACGCUGGAUGAGAUUCAGGACGUCAGUAGUUACGAUAUCGCUGAGUCUAAGCUAGCUGAGUACAAUGAGGACAUACUUCAGCUGUCAGAAACGCUCAUGACCUUGGAAAUGCGGACAGUUGACCAGCUGGAGGAACUAAUAAAGGAUUUUGAAAGAAACAUUGCUGAGCUAGUGUCAACAUUCACUGAAAACGUUCAGGGGAUGAUGGCCCAGUGCCGAGACCUGGAAAACCGUCAUCAUGAAAAGCUGCUAGAGAUCUCAGUCAACAUGCUGGAGAAAUCCGUCAAGAACGAGCUUGACAAGAAUUUGCCAGAUGACGUUCGAAUGCUUUUUGUGGACAAAAACACCAUUGUCAACGCAGUGAACGCAUCCCACGACAUCCACCUGUUGAAGAUUGAUAACCGAGAGGGUGACAUCCUCAGCAAUGUACAUCGCUGGCAGGCCUCUGUGACAGAGAAGGCUCUCCAAAACGAGAUUGACAGAAACCGCAACCGUGUCAAAGAGAUCAUUCAGUACAUUGACUAUCUCCAAGAGGAGCUGGAAAACAUGGAGGCCCUGGAGCCGCCAGAGUAGGUAUGCCAUGGGCUGGGCAGGUGCCUUUCUGGGGUGCACACAGGACAGCCCCCAGCAGCAGAAUACCUAACAGGGGCAGUUAUACCUCAACUGUCUGGCCAGAGGCAUGCUCCUUCCUCCAUCCCACCAGAAACUGCAAAUAAAAGAUGCUUAUUGACUGUGGAAAAGCACCUGAAA